AUGACGACAUUAUCCGCAUCCGUCAUCUCCGUCGUCGGUCUCAUCUUUUCUAUCUUAUAUACCGCCCAUGCCUUUGGUGGCUCCGCCACCACUGUCUCUAUCAGCUAUGGUUCCACCGUCACUGUCUGCGGUAUCGUCGCUGGUCAACCGAGUCAACGGAUCCAAUGCUGGCGCAAUGGCCAAGUGUUUGAUGUAUUCUCUAACAUCUCAUUUGAGUCAAUCGCCGGUGGUCGUGAUGUGUUCUGCGGCGUCAGGUCCGGCGGUUCCAGUCUCGUCUGUUGGAACCCUAGCCUGACUCCGAAGCGUCUCUACUACAACGAAACGGUGCUUUUGAGUCAGUUAUCCAUCGGAGACACUCAAAUUUGCUCGAUCACGAAUAGUUCUGGAUGGAACGUCUAUUGUUGGAGGUAUGGUGACGGGAUUCCAACUCAAAACCAUCAUCUCCAAUCGAUUUCAUCGGGAUUAGGGUUUACUUGUGGUGUUGAUUUGAGGGACGACGCUGGAAUCAUUUGUUUUGGAACCAAUUCAGAAGCAGCGAAUGCUAUUCAAGCUGCGUUUACAAAUUUUCGCAUGUUGAAUGUUGCUGUUGGAGGUAAUCACGCCUGUGGUAUAAAUUCUACCGGUUUUUUGAUUUGCAGAGGUAACAACGAUUAUGGACAGAUCAAUGUACCAUAUCAUUCAUCCUUCGAGUUCUCUGCACUUGCGCUUGGUGCGAACCAUACGUGUGCUUUGCGAAAAUUAAAUGGCUCUGUAGUUUGUUGGGGUGGUGGAGGAGGGAUUAUGAGUUAUAAUAUACUUGGUGUCUCCUUCGAGUCUAUCGUUGCUGGAUUGGAUUCUACUUGUGGAUUAACAACUAGCAACCUCUCUGUAAUUUGCUGGGGAGAAGGAUGGGUUAGAAACGCUUCGUAUCCAUCAGACUUCGAGCUUCCAUUGAGACAAAUUCUUCCAGGGCCAUGUGUUACAUCCGAUUGCAGUUGUGGUAUAUACACUCAAUCUCAAAUUCUUUGUUCUGGCUACGGAUCAAUAUGUAAGCCAUGUGAUAUAUCCAGUUUCUUCCCACCAUUAUUGGCACCACCACCACCGCCGCUUGGAGAUGAUAACGUCCCACGGUCUCCACCUUCAAAAGCUUUGAGAAAGGGGUUACUGGCGUUUGCCAUAGUCGGAUCAAUUGGGGCUUUUGCAGCAGUCCAGUUUCAAGAUCUUCAACAAUCCGGCGACAAGCGUCAAGAGCUUUUUCCGGCGACAAAGAAGUGGAACAUCUUCAAAACAUGCUGA